UGUCAAUGUGGCGGCCAAUUUUUAAAGACGCCACCCCUCUUCUCUAACGCCUCCCUCCGCUUGUUUCUUCUUCUUCUUCUUCUAAACCCCCCAGCAUCAAAUCAGAAGCUCUGCCAUCUCUCUCUGUCUCUCUCUCUCUCCCCCUCCGUCUCUGCUCUGAGCAGCCAGUUUGUGUUUCUCUGCAAGCAUCAUCAUCAAAUUCAGAGCUCCGGAAGUUCCAAAAAAUGGACCCCACAUUCUUCAGCAGCAACAGCAAACAGCUUCUGAGCGAUCAGGAAGAGAAUGAUAACACCACCACCUCCACGCCGGAAAACAGCUCAGACUCUCCUCCGCCGUCCACCAAUUUCAGCGACUACUCCAAGAUCACCACUUCCACCUCCUCCCCCAAAAAAAGUGGUCGGCGAGCAAUACAGAAACGAGUGGUGUCGGUCCCCAUCAAAGGCGACAACAGCAACAGCAGCACUCCGCCGCCGUCCGAUUCUUGGGCUUGGAGAAAGUACGGCCAAAAACCCAUCAAAGGCUCACCUUAUCCCAGAGGGUAUUACAGGUGCAGUAGCUCAAAAGGAUGCCCGGCGAGGAAACAAGUAGAGAGAAGCCGCGUGGACCCCACCACGCUGGUCAUCACCUACUCCUCCGAACACAACCACUCUUGGCUCGCCUCUCGCAACCACCACAACAACCACAACAAUUCAAGUUCCGCCGCCGCAACCAAACGCGGCCCCACCAAGACCGAAGCCCCGGAGGCCCAGCAACCCGACCACCAAGAUCAAGACCUAGACCAAGACCAAGACUCCAGGUUCGCGGAUCUAAACCACGAGUUGCUUAUCGUAAACGACGAGUUCGUCUGGUUCGCCGACAUGGAGACCACGUCGUCGAGGGUGCUCGAGAGCCCCAUUUUCGCCGAGAGCAGCAGCUCAGUCGGGUCCGACUCCGGGGACAAGGCGGCGAUGGUGUUCCCCAUGGGAGAGGAGGACGAGUCUCUCUUCGCCGAUCUGGGCGAGCUGCCGGAGUGCUCUUUCGUGUUUAGGUACCGUGGUGUGGGACCACAAGCUCAGAUCUGUUGACACGUCUGCCCUUUUCUUCCAAAACCCUCCAUUUUUAUUUGUCUUUUUUUACACACUCUCUCACUCCCCCGUAAAUACAUUCAAACUAGCAUCGUGCGCCCUAAGAUACCGAAAGUUUUUUUUUUUUAUUAUUUAUUUAACAAUUUUCUGAUUUUAGAUUUUAUUUUUUUAGUAAUAAAAAGAGUUUAAUUAUUUUUUUUA